GGUCUGGUGACGUCACACCUCGGGUGUGGUCGUCUACAUCUCCUGGACCUCAACUGUAUAUAUGUGACCUAGAGCGACCGGCCCAACAGUUAGCUUCAAACAGUCCUUGGAAGUGUUUGAAGAGUUCCUCUACCAUUAUGAAGGUUCUGAUUGCCCUGGUCGCCCUGUGCGCUAUCGCCUCUGCUGCCCCGGUAGCCCCAGUGCUGCUGCCCAAGGUCCAGGUCGCCCCUGCCCAGGUUACGGUGGUCAAGCAGCCCUACGUCUUCUCUGAGCCUGAGCCUGUGUACCGCACUGUUCCUGUACCAGUGAAGGCUGUCAGCUACACCGCACCAGCUGUCGUGCCCGGGCCAGUCAUCGCCCCUGCCCCAGUAGCUUACGCUGCCCCUGCUGUAGCUUACGCUGCCCCCGCUGUAGCUUACGCUGCCCCAGCAGUUGGUUACGCCAGCCCUUAUGGCGUGGCUCCUGCUCACUACAUCCACUGACUUCAUUAGUUCCUUCAUGACCCAUUAAACUUAUUUUAAAACUUA